AUGGAAUACGGCACGAGGCGACCUAGACAAUGCAAUUUAUCACACCCAGAAAUGGCUACCUAUCGGGAUGAAGAUUGGCUUUUAGAGACACACACAUUUUUACCCAAUCAUUUUCAAACAGCACCGCAUGUAUCAAAUGGCUACUUUGGACAGACACUCCCGUCAGAGGGUGUUGGAUAUUGGAUUGAAAGAGCCGCCAACGGAGAAUACGCACAGAAUACAUGGCCACUCGAUCAACCUAGAGCAACAUUCGGCACCAUAGCUGGUUUCUGGAACUUGCAAGACAAAGUUAAAUACAUCAGCACCCCGGAAAAUGUCGAAAGAGGUGGUGAGUCCACUAUCAGUGGUAUUCCAGACUGGACAGGUUUGGUUGUAACAACGGCCGAUGGAAAGAGCUAUCUGCCUGGGGUAGAUCAGCGCACAGUCAAAAAAUUCUACCAGUCAUUGUCAAUACGAGAUGGCAUAGUUAAGACCAGUGUGACGUGGGCGCCAACGACUCAGAAUGGCGAUGAUAUUCAGUAUGCUUUGAAUUUUACCGUUUUUGCCCAUCGUAAAAGACCAAAUGUGGGAGUCGUCAAGUUGGAGUUGAUGGCAAACCAAAGCACCACUGUUACUAUCACUGAUGUCCUAGAUGGGGCUGGUGCUGUGAGAGCGCAUUUCGGGGAUAAGGGCUUUGAAGAAGAUGAGAAUGUUAUUUGGACAAGCGUUAAGCCAUGGGGCGUGGAAGAUGCUACUGCCUAUGUUCUGUCAUCAGUUCAGUUCAGUUCUCCCGGCUUACAAAAGGGCAGUAGACGAAAUGCAAUCACUUCACCUGUUGUUUCCAAAAAUCUAAGUACAGUUGCUCAGAGUUGGACUGUCAAUCUGGAACAUGGAAAAUCUUUCGCCGUUUCAAAAUACGCUGGGAUUGCUUCCACGGAUGGAUUUCCUCAACAAGCAUUCACAACUGCUAAAAAGGCCGCGCUCGAGGCAAAAGCAAUGCCGUGGUCUGUAUUAGUUUCCGAACACAGGCAAGAGUGGGAAGAAACUUGGGAUUCAGCGGAUAUCAUAAUUCCAGGAGAUAAAGAAUUGCAAAGAAGCGUUAGAGCAUCAUUGUUUCAUACUUUUACAGAUAUGCCGCAUAAGAUUGAAGGAAGAGGUUUAAACGAUAACUCCCUAAUGCCAGGAGGUCUUUCCAGCGAGUCAUAUGCGGGCUUAAUCUUCUGGGAUGCGGAGACAUGGAUAUAUCCAAGUGUGCUGGCACUGCAUCCGCAAUAUGCACGGGCCUUUACCAAUUACCGCAGUCGGCUUCUACCUCAGGCAAUAGAGAAUGCGCAGUCCUACGGCUUCUCAGGGGCAUUAUUUCCUUGGACUAGUGGGCGUUACGGAAAUUGCACGAAUGCAGGGCGUUGUGAGAGCUAUCAAUAUCAUUUAAAUACGGAUAUUGCAUUAGCUCACUGGCAAUAUUUUCAGUCCACGAAUGACAUUGAAUGGCUCAAACAGAACGGGUGGCCGAUAAUCAAGAGUGUGGCGGAUAUGUUCGCUGCAUUUGUGGUGCUGAACAGAAAGACCGGCAAGUUUGAUACCGUACUUGUCGGUGAGCCAGACGAAUUUGCAUUUUUCAAGAAUAACGGCGCAUUCACGAAUACCGGAAUCAAGAUGCUUCUGAGUGAAUACGCUCCUGCUGCAGCCAGGAUUCUGAAUCAGGAAAUACCCCAAAAUUGGUCUGAAAUUGCAGAGAAAAUUUCCAUUCCUAUGAAUCUCAAAGAAAAUAUUACCCUAGAAUUUGAGGAAAUGCCCGGGGAUUGGAAGGUGAAACAAGCCAGUGUUGCUUUGAUGAACUAUCCCCUGGAAUAUAGGAUAGAUAAAGAUUGGGCUCGACACGACCUUGACUACUACUCCAUAAUGAACACAUAUGUCGGGCCAGCAAUGACAUGGUCCAUCUUCUCCAUUAAUGAAGCACAGCUUCAAACAUCAGGCUGUGCGGCUUACACAUAUCUGCUUCGCAGCUCCGAGCCCUAUCUUCGCGGCCCAUUCUACAAGUUCAGUGAAACGACGUUGGAUAAGCCAGAGAAAGAUGGAGAUGAUAUGGCAUUUCCAUUUGGGCUAAAUCCCGCAUUUCCUUUCCUCACUGGCGCAGGGGGCUUUUUGCAGGUGUAUACGCAUGGUUUAACAGGUAUGAGGUUAAGUGAAGAUGCGCUGUAUUUUAAUCCCGUUCUACCACCUCAAAUUCCUGAAGGGGUCACUGUGAAGGGGAUUAAGUGGCAAGAUGCGAGCUUUGAUAUCGCGAUUGGGGCAGAAAUCACGACGAUAACUCGCCGACGAUUAGGGCUACCGCAGGAUAUUGUUCCCUCCACUGUUCGCAUAGGGAGUAAAAAUUCACACCCCGGCGAGAAAUUCAAAGAAUAUACUUUGAAAGUUGGCGAGUCACUAGCCGUUACUACUCGAAGACCGGAUAUCCAGAGUUUAUCCGGGGGAGUCGUGGAAAAUAAGGCACUGUGUAAAACUGUCACUUCCGACGAUCACCCCUGGAGCUAUGGACGUUAUCCAUUGAGUGCAGUAGACGGCUCUAAUGCAACAGUCUGGCAGCCCACAAGUGCAACAAAGCCAGCAUCAAUGACUAUAGACUUGGGGGAUAAGACUGAUGUUUCCGGGUUCUUCAUCAACUGGGGUGCAUCACCUGCAGCUACCUUCACUAUAUACAGCGACGAGAUCAAGUUAUAUGGAAAUAAGGUUAAAGUAUCAGCACCUUAUAAUCGCAGGGCAGCCCAAGAAGUCAAAAUACGCCGAGGAAACACCACUGAGGUAAUACUGCCAACCCCGGUACAAACUCGAAGGAUCAGGUUAAUGAUCGAAGGGACACAGGGAGAAGACCAACAUCUCGGGGCAACAGUGGCUGAAUUCAUUGUUAUUUAG